AAUAUCGGUAAUUUGACAUGUUUAACAUGUGGAUGCUUUAGAUUUUCAUGAAUGAAGGCUUCGGCGCUGGAUAGUGUGGCUUGUGCAAAGAUCCUUACCGGCCAAGUAGAUUUAUUUUGUGAUGGUCGAUUGAUGACUUUUGAAGAGUUAAUUAGCAAAUAUUCUCUCUUGUAUACACACUUCCUGCAAUAUUUUCAGAGACUCAUAGCAACAUGGAGAAUUUUAAAGAGUUCCCAAGUUUCAGGUGCUUUGUGGGCAGAGAAAAAUGUAAGUGGAGUUGUGGGAAGAGCAAUCACUAUCGAUUGUCACUAUGAAGCAAAGUACCGCUCACACACAAAGUAUUGGUGUCGUGGAUGGAGUCGUCAAUGUUCAGUUUUAAGGCAAACAGAUGGGCAACAAGGACAGAGUGAACGAGUGUCAAUCACAGAUAACCCACAAUGGAGAAUAUUUACUGUUACUAUGGAGGAUCUUCGCUCCGAAGAUACAGGAUGGUACAGCUGUGCAAUUACAACAUCAGGUUAUGAUCCAAUGGUUAACGUACAUGUACAAGUAUCUGGUGUUUCAGGUGCAUUGUGGGCAGAGAAAAAUGUAAGUGGAGUUGUGGGAAGAGCGAUCACAAUCGAUUGUCACUAUGGAGCAAAGUACCACUCACACACAAAGUAUUGGUGCCGUGGAUGGAGUCGUCAAUGUUCAGUUUUAGUGCAAACAAAUGGGCAACAAGGACAGAGUGAACGAGUGUCAAUCACAGAUAAUCCACAACGGAGAAUAUUUACUGUUACUAUGGAGGAUCUUCGCUCUGAAGAUACAGGAUGGUACAGCUGUGCAAUUACAACAUCAGGUUAUGAUCCAAUGGUUAACGUACAUGUACAAGUAUCUGGUGUUUCAGGUGCAUUGUGGGCAGAGAAAAAUGUAAGUGGAGUUGUGGGAAGAGCGAGCACAAUCGAUUGUCACUAUGAUGCAAAGUACCGCUCACACACAAAGUAUUGGUGCCGUGGAUGGAGUCGCCAAUGUUCAGUUUUAGUGGAAACAGAUGGGCAACACGGACGGAAUGAACGAGUGUCAAUCACAGAUAACACACAACUGAGAAUAUUUACUGUUACUGUGGUAGAUCUUCACUCUGAAGAUACAGGAUGGUACAGCUGUGCAAUUACAUCAUCAGGUUAUGAUCCAAUGGUUAACGUACAUCUACAAGUAUCUGACGAACCCUUGUCUGUUCCUGUGCUGCAGAUUCUGUCGUCAAUAAGUGACUCGUGUGUCGGGGGUUCCAUGUCAGUUGUCUGUAAGUCUGUUCAAGGAUCCUUUCCCAUUCAGUACACAUGGUAUGAAAAGACCUCGUCUGUGAAUUCAAAGAUCUCUGACACCAGUAAACUGGACCUACGUUGUCAAUCCUUCAAACACCAGCACCAUCAAUAUUACUGCACAGCCUCAAAUACUCAUGGAGCGAAAUCCAGUGAAAUGAUCAAUGUGGUAGUCUUCAGCAGCACUUGGCACUGCAGUUAUCAGCUGCAAUUCAGUCACACUGUUUCAGGUGCAUUGCGGGCAGAGAAAUGUGUAAGAGGUGUUGUGGGAAGAGAGAUCACAAUCGAUUGUUACUAUGAAAAAAAGUACCGCUCACACACAAAGUAUUGGUGCCGUGGAUGGGAUCAACAAUGCUCAGUUUUAGUGGAAACAAAUGGGCAAUAUGGACGGAGUGGACAAGUGUCAAUCAGAGAUUACCCAGAAUUAGGAAAAUUUACUGUUACUAUGAGGGUUCUUCGUUCUAGAGAUACAGGGCGGUACAGCUGUGGAAUUAGAAUACCAGGUGUUGAUCAUCCAAUGUUCCAUGUAUAUCUAAAAGUAUCUGACAUCUCAGGUGCAUUGUGGGCAGAGAAACAUGUAACAGGAGUUGUGAUAAGUGCGAUCACAAUCGAUUAUCACUAUGAAGCAAAGUACCGCUCGCACACAAAGUAUUGGUGCCGAGGGCGGACUUGUCAAUGUUCAGUUUUAGUGGAAACAAAUGAGCAACAUGAACGGAGUGGAUGAGUGUCAAUCACAGAUAACCUGGAACGGGGAAUAUUUACUGUUACUAUGGAGGAUCUUCACUCUGGAGAUACAGGAUGGUACAGCUGUGGAAUUACAUCAACAGAUCAAUCAGAUCCAAUAUUUAAUGUAUAUCUACAAGUAUUUAAUGAACCGUUGUCUGUUCCUGUGAUUUGAUAUCUGUCACCGCAAAAUGUCUCUCAUCUCAGGGGCUUGGUGUCAGUGUCCUAUGAGUCUCUCCAGAAUUCCCUUCCCAUUCAGCACACUUCCCAGUGUUUAGUUUCAUCUGUCCCUAACACGGAGAACAGACAACCAGCACUGCACCGACCAAUCUACCGGCUGGUUUUACACCUGUGGAUAUCUUCUCGCCGCACCCUGAUGUCCCAGACUUUCCGGCAGAUCCCGAAACCGAGCCCCGGCUCCUCACCUGUUCUCCGAGUCCAUGUCACUCAGCGGGUCACCGUCCUUCGAGUUCUCCAAAUUCUGCUGCCCGUUGCCAGAGGCUGGUGCUGUCAUCUGGUCCCGUACAAGGUGGUGGUGCUGCUGGCUGCCCUGGUUCCGAUGUCUCCCUCAGUUUCAGGUGCAUUGUGGGCAGAGAAAUAUGUAAGAGGAGUUGUGGGAAGAGCGAUCACAAUCGAUUGUCACUAUGAAGCAAAGUACCGUUCCCACACAAAGUAUUGGUGCCAUGGAUGGACAAACCUAUGUUCAGUUUUAGUGGAAACAAAAGGGCAACACGGACAGAGUGGACGAGUGUCAAUCACAGAUAACCCGGAACGGGGAAUAUUUACUGUUACUAUGAAGAAUCCUCACUCUGGAGAUACAGGAUGGUACAGCUGUGGAAUUACAGAACGAGGUAUCGAUCCAAAGUUUAGUGUACAUUUACAAGUAUCUGAAGAACCUGUGUCUGUUCCUUUGCUUCGAUAUCCAUCACCAGCAAAUAUUUCACAUCUCAGAGGCUUAGUCUCUCUUUCCUGUGAGUCUUCCCAGGGAUCCCUUCCCAUUCAGUACAGAUGGUAUGAACAAACCUCAUCUGGACAUACAAAGAUCUCAGAUACAAAUGAACUGAAUCUAUGCUGUAAAUCUUUCAACCACCAGCACCAUCUAUAUUACUGCAGUGCUUCGAAUUGGCUUGGAGCAAGAUCCAGUGCAAUGGUUAAUAUGACAGUUUUCAACAACGGAGAGAUCUGCAGUUAUGUGACAGAAAUCAAUGGCACCACAGGGCCGAUUCAUUUCUGUGAAAAUACUGUGAAUGGAACGACGACAAGUGCACAAAACAAAGAAUCUACACAUAAAAUACCCACUGUGCUCAGUGUUGUUGGAAUUCUGCUUGUGCUGCUUGUCGUUUGUCUACUUUGCUACCUGAAGAGAAAAAACAAGGAAUCCAAGCACAACGCAUAUCACGGAGGAAAGAAGAAUGAAACCCAGGAAAUGGCCACGAUGGAAGAAAAUGUCACUUAUGCAGAUCUACACCAUGUUCAAAACAAUGAGGGAGCUGCCCAGUUGGCUAACAAUGAAAAUGGAAUUGUGUAUGCAAAAGUGGAAUAUACAGGGAAGACUGGAGCAUUACACUCUGUUACUGAAGUGGACAACGUCAACUACGCAGAUAUCAAAUUCGAAUAUCAACCUGCAAAGCCCAAACAGAAAGUUUUCUCUCCUGGUACUCCACGGGACUUAGAAUAAGCUUGAUAAAGUAAUUAUGUGGAUCAAUGAAGGCAGAAGAGUUAUGCUUGGUUGCCAUUUUACACUUGUACACCUGCUUGUUAAUAAAAAUGCCUAGUCAGCCAAUCAUGUGGCAGCAACUCGAUACAUAACAGCAGGUAUAUCGGCUGAUUAAUAACUGUCACAUUCCUGUCAGAUUGAACCAGUCUCACCAUUGUCCACUACUGGACCUCAGUUUAUUUUCUAAUCCUUUGGGUUCUUCCAGAAUUCAGGAAUGAUGAACAAUCUUCAUUCUAAAGAUCAUUUAUUUUAAAGUACAAACAAACAUACAAAUACUAUGCAAACUAAAUAAAGAACUAAGAAGUAAGGGAACAGUAACAAAUGUGAAGACAAAAAGAUGGCACAUCUGAAAAAUAUAUUACUUUUAAAGGUAUGAUUAGGAAAGUUCCUUCCAUGGAAAUAGAUUAGUUAAUGGGCUACAUAAUUAAAACAAUUACAUCACAUGGGUAAUGGGCUAAUAUUUUGCCAAUGAAAAAAGAGGAAGGUGAUAAAUGAUUAGUUUAACUGCAAUUACACUUUCUGCCAGUGAGUGGGGACAAACCAGCACAUACUGUGAAAAAUGAAUCUGUUGAAAAGGAAAAAUCUUAUAAAAAGUAUUGUUUUAAAAAAGCACUAGUUUGCAACACCUUCGACCUCUCUCAUUAACAAGCAUUUGCAAGCACAGAACUGACACCCUCUGGAUUUUAUUUGUUCAUCGCUGAUGUCACAUUUCUUCUUAAUUCAUCUAAACAAAACUGAACCUCUUAAUCACAUGUUUUUAUGCAUUGAAUUCCUGCCAUAUGAUUGGCUGAUUAGUUACUUGCAUUUAUGAGCUGAGGUGUACCUAAUAAAGUGGUCACUGAGUAUCACUCUUCUGCCUUAAUCAAUCCACAUAAUUACUUUGUCAAGCUUUGUUCUGAGCUGCUUCUUCCACACACCCCACGUUCCAGAUUCCCUUCAUCAGCAAGUAUGACCUAUUGGCAAUGAGGGCCUGACUCUAGGUCAUCUCUGUUACACCACUGGCGUUUGGGGCAACAAUGGAGGUCCUCCAUCACUGGUGGUGUUCGGUGCCUCCUUCAUCAUGUCAGCAGCUUCAUCUCAGUUUUCACAACUGUUAGUCAUGCAAAUCCUGCGUAGAGACUCUGGAAUACCAUUGCACUCAGGUGUAGAAUGAUUUUUCAUUGCUGUUUCCACAACAGUGUUGUUUCACUUGAACUGAACCCCAAAACUGGAGGACCUGUGAACCAUUCUUAGGCUGGGCUCUACCCUUUGAGCUGUUUGGCAAGAUGACCAGACCAAGAACCAAAACAUAAUGCUUGAAUCCAGCCAACAUAUUUCUCUGGGUCACUUACGCACACAAGCCUCCAAACCUUGACAAGGAUUUGAUCCCCUUGGAGGCUUGAUCAUCUGUACAAAUGUCAAAAUGCUCUUGUCCCUCAGGGUACAAUAACCACCCUGACACCCCACUCCCACCAGCUCCUCCUCAAUCAUAACUCCUUUCAGGUAGUUAAGUAUUAACAGAGUGUUUAUCAUGUUCCUGUUAUACAGAGCUCUUGUAAGACUGCAUCUGGACCAUUUUCUACAGGUCUGGUUCUUCCCACCUGAGGAAGGGUACACUUACAUUGGACUGAGUACAGCCAAAGUUUUCUGAGAAAGAUUCAUGGGAUUUUUAGGAGGCACAGAAGCCUGAAGACACACACUCAAUGUUCCAGAAAAAGCUUAAACCCCUCCACCAGCAGAUUGCUGAAUGGACAGUGAACCAAUGAACAUAUUCCUCUCUUUCUGCAUCACUGAUUUAAUUUAAUUUUCCAUAUAUGUACUUAGGGUAAUUUACAAUUUUUUAUUAAAAUUUAGGUGAAUGAUGUUUGCCGACUGGUUGUCCCCAUGUAAGUAAUCAGAUUGAGUUAAACUGCUGUAGGAUCCAUUAUUAUUAUUAAUUAAUUUUUUUCUCAGAUCAAAGUCGUAAGACCUGAGGUACAGGACUAGCCAAACACACUCAUUUCUCAGUUGCUAGGAACUUUCAGACUAUUCUAGUGGUGUUUAGCAUUGUGGCUUUCUUAAGACUUACAUAGAUAUAGGUGAUCUAAUUGUUUAAUGCUAUUGCGUAGUGCUUUUGGGAUGAUACCAGUUGUAGAUAUUACUAUCGGGACAAUGUAUACCACGUUAAUGUUCCAAAGUUGUGCAAUUUCCUCUUUCAAUUCAGCAUAGUUCUGGCAUUUCUCACUUAUUGAUUUAUGAAAGUUAUGUGUGUUUGGAAUGGCUGUAUCUAUGAAGUAAGAUGAUUUUGCUUGUUUAUCUUGUAUUAUUCUAUCCAGAUGGUUAUUAUGGAUUAAUGUGUCUGCAAUAACAGAUGGGCCAUAAUAUAAUUUG